CCACUGCCUGCUCACAGCAGAAAAUCCUUCCACCUUCUAGGAGCUAUCAUCAGACAAGGGGACAUUGGAUUUUUCUGACCUGAAAAUGAACUUUAGGAGAAUUUUUCUAAUCAAGAGCCUGCUGCUUUUGUUUCCGAGUGUAAAAUGCUCUGUCACCAACUGGUUUUAUGUGGCAGUGAAUGAGUCGGCUCUUCUCAGUGUCACUGCUGCUGGGAGUGUAUAUGAUGCAACAUGGAUGAAAGACAGAAAAAGGUUGCUUCAGAUAAAAGACAGGAAAGUUAAGUACUAUGUGAACAAGGAGCAGUGCAGGUGCAAGAUAUUCCUAAAUGGGACUCUGCAGAUAGAGCAGGCAGUGAAAGAGGACAGUGGAAAUUACACGGUGACUGUUUAUGAGCAGGAUGGGAAACGGAAGGCAGAAGAACAUACAGUGUUCAUCGUUCAGGGGCCUGUCCCUCAGCCAAUCCUCAGUGCUGAAUGCAUGAACAAAACUAUAUUUGUCAAGUGUGAAGUGAAGCAGAAGACUAAAGAUGAAACAUUUAUAAUAGAACUGACUCAAGAUAAAAGCAAAAAGAUACAUAAGAAUGCAACAAGUUUGGAAUUGCACACACGGCAUUCUGGAACGUUCAGAUGUGUUGUUAAGAACCAAGUCAGCGAAAAAAUGGUUGAAAAAGUAGCUAAGUGCUCAGGCCAGCUGGACCUUUAUCUCAUCUUAAGCAUAGCAGGAGGUGCAGUCUUCUUUGUCAUCUUCAUGAUUUUACUUAUUUAUUGUAUCAGGAGGAAGAAAGCAGAAAGGCUGGAAGAUGAUGGAGAGGAGCACUUGACUCAGGCGCGCCCCAUGGACAGUGAGAUGAUGGUGAGGGAGCUCCGGCAGCCGCCGUGUAAUCCCACCCCGAGGCAGCAGCGUGUGCAGCGGCGGCCGCUGCCGCAACCCCAGGUACAGCAGCGAGCACUGCCUCCACGACCCCGACCCCGCACUCAGCCGCGGACUCCAAACCACCCCACAGAGAGACCUUGAACAUCUGCCCCGGGAGGGACAGCGGUCUCUGUGCUCCACGGUGCACUAGGAAAAGAAAGCUUCCAACAGUCAGGAAUCCCUCCCUCCCAACCUUGCGUAACGCUCAGCUAUGAAAUGGCAGCUUUUGUUGCAGAAAAUUAGAGAGAACCUCAAAUGGAGAUGAAGAGACCCAGUGGAGGAGAUUCAAGGUGAUGGGCAUUCAUCCCUGUGGCCAUUUUUCAUCAAAGGUGUCUCUCCAUGGUAGGGUAUGGAGCACUGAGCCUUGAAAUCUGUGUGUUUCUGUGGUUCACUUGUUUUUACCAUACCUUGUUGUCUUUGUGCCUCUUGGAUGGAUUAUACCAAGAAGAAGCUAAAGCCCUACUGAGACAAUAUGGGCCUAAGGAUCUUACUGGGUUUUGUCACAUAUCUUCUGUUUCUCCUGCCACACAUUAGGACAGCCCCAUGGCUUCAGGAUCAAAUGCAUGACUGCCUGGGUUAAAAAAUAAUUGUAUGUAAUUAAAUGCUUGUCUGAAGCUGAUAGAAUUGGUGUCAUCAAACACAGAGAAGAAGAUACUGAAGGGAGAUGUGGGAGCUUUGAAGGACAUCCGUGUGUAGAAAAAUGCAAGUGAGAAAGGAGUAAACUUUUCACGAUCUCUACCAUGGCUUAAGUUGCAGGGAGGGUUAAGUCAGGUGUGUUUUUUUGUUUGGUUUGGUUUUUUUUUUUGUUCCAAAUGAAGUACUGAAAUAGAUUUCUGGGAGAGGAUUUCCAGCACUGGGGGUUUCAAACAGCGGAUUAAGCAUUCUCAUCCUGCUGAGGCCCAGGGAACAUGCUGCAUGGCCUCUUCAAGGAAUAUUUCAGCUCAGUUUUCUGUGACUCCUUGCUAAAAAAAUAAAAUUAAACUUUAUUGUCAGGAUAGGUCCGUUUGGCUAUCCAAACAUUUAUUUUGUCAUAGAAGAAGUCUGGUAAUCAUUAGCUUAUAACACAAGUGUUACAGACUUCCAAGCAGUCUGAUCACUAGUGUUAUUGUCUGAAUUGUAAUGGCUUUCCAUUGUAGGGCCUCCUCCUGAUGGUGAGGGACCAGGACCCUUUGCUGGUAAGCACCUCAUAUAUAACAAGGUGAUGAUAGAGAACUGCUGAGAGAUCUCCCUCCCAAAGAGAGAAAGAGGUUGGACUGCAAUAACUGCACCUGUAUCACCGCACAUGUGCUGGACAAACACUACUUGCUCUUUUGGUCCUUGGAGAUGUUCACAACUGUCUCUUUGGGACAGCUAGGGAGACAAGAGAGCAAUGUCUAAACGGUUACACUGGCCUACCUGGUGUAAGGGGAAGCACAAGUGGAGAAGGAGGGAGCUGCAAGAGCCACAGAGCACAAGACAUCCGCUCAGCAUGUUCCAUUAGGCAGAACAUAUAGUACCUCUUUUAGAUUUG